AUGUUAAAAACAAAAACAAGACUGAGUUGUAAUAGAGUUUCUACAGACUCAAGUAUAUAUUCAGGUAAAUUGAAUUUUCGGAGACAAUCGGUCAUCUUUACUAAACAGAAAAGAAAUUUAUUGGAAUUAAGAAUAAACGAUAAGCUGUUCGAAAUAUCGAUAAAAUUGUUAGAAAAUCAUUUAUUUCAACCGCUUUUAACUUUGGAAUGA